GUGCAUGGUCACCUGCACAGCAAAGUUCUUCCUUGUGUUCAGGUGGAAGUUCUGCACAUCAGUUUCAGCCCAUUGCCUCUUGUGUUACUGAAUAUGUCUGAUUAUUAUGUUUUAAUUUCAGUCAUUUUAAAGUAAGCUGGUACAAUCAUCUUGUUUGCACUUUGUCUUUCAAUGUAUGAACUACAAGUGCAAGUAGAAGUUUCAGGGCAAGUAUCUGAAGAGACAAAUGCUCAAACUGUAAUUAAUCAAAGGCAGUGUAAAGACACCUUCCAAGGAGUGCAAGAGGGUAAAUUUUUAGAAGAGCUGGACUAACAGUGCUUGGGAUGACUGAUACACCGUUGCUGUAGUCUCUUUACAGUAAACUCAAAUUGGUGUUAAUUAAUGUAAUAUAUAUUAAAUAUCUAACACCGUAAGAACAUCAAUAUCAGUACUUUAGUGUCACUGUACAUUAUAAGAAUAUUAAGAAUAAUGGGUACCUAUCUGACUUCCAGAUCUCAAAAAAAAAAAAAAUCCGGAUUUCAACAAUUCAAUUGCUACUAUUUAUGAUGCUGUGUAGAAAAAGUUAAGUUUCAUUAAAAAUGUCAGCAGAAAUCUUGGUUAAAACACUCUUUUCUUGAAAUUCAUAUUCAAGUGCUCUUCAAUAUUUCUCUGAAGUAAUUGGCAACGUGACACAUUUUCCCCACUCUUGCUGUUAAAUUGCAACUCAUUUUCUUAUUUAUAAAUCUGUUAAAACUCAAGAUAAAGAAGUCAACUGUAUGUCCAGAGCAGAUCAACAGAAUGAACAAAAAUCAGGUAUUGAUCAGAAGUCUGGAGCCAGCUCAUCCAGUCAAAGGACAGAAGAAAAGAGAGGCUCUGUAAGAAUGACAAAAAAGAUUCUGCUAGACAUCUGUAAACAGCAGAAAUUAUACUGGACCCCGUACUUAAAUGAUACACUGUACUUGCAUUAUAAAGGAUUUGACCGACUGGAGAACCUUGAAGAAUACACUGGACUGAAGUGUUUGUGGCUGCAAUGCAAUGGCUUAAGAAAAAUUGAGAAUUUGGAGGCUCAGACAGAAUUGCGUUGCCUCUACUUGCAACUCAAUUUAAUUGAGAAAAUUGAAAACCUUGAGCCCUUACAAAAGCUGGAUUCCCUCAAUAUCAGUAACAACUACAUUAGGACCAUUGAGAAUCUCUCUUGUCUGAAAGUCCUGCAGACUCUGCAGAUCGCUCACAAUAAGUUACGAACAGUGGAAGACAUCCAGCACUUGCAGGAAUGCCCAAGUAUUUCUGUCCUUGAUCUCUCCCACAACAAUCUAAGUGAUCCGAGUAUUGUAGCUAUUCUGGAGACCAUGCCCAAUCUGCAUGUGCUGAAUUUGAUGGGAAAUGAGGUGAUAAAGAAAAUUGCCAAUUAUAGAAAAACACUCACUGUUCGACUAAAACAGCUGACAUACCUGGAUGACAGACCAGUUUUCCCAAAGGAUAGAGCCUGUGCAGAAGCCUGGGCUGUUGGAGGGCUUGAAGCUGAGAAAGCAGAAAGGGAAAAAUGGGAAACCAGAGAGAGAAAAAAAAUCCAAGAUAGCAUUGAUGCGUUAGCAGCAAUUAGGCAAAGAGCAGAGGAAAAGAGGAGACAAAAAUGCAUGGAAGGAGUUGCAACAGAUACCCAAGAAGGAACACCUGCAAAUUCAAAAGAUGGUGAUGGAAAUUAUAAUACAUCAGAAACUUCAAAUAGAUCAGAAGAAGAAAAUCAAGAAAAGACUGAGAAGUUUAAAAAUGAGAGUUUUGAUGUUUGUAAUGAAGUGAUAACACUUUUACCAAAUAGAGGAGAUAGCAGAGAUUUCACAUCUGGAAAUAUUCCUGAUGAUGUUCAAGAGGAUGCACAGGAACCAGACUCUUACAAAUGUGCACAUUUCAACAAGGAGACAGAUGAUCUACCAGAACAGGAGGCAGCUACUGACAAGGCCGUGCUUCCUGAGGGGGAGGAAUAUGCUGAAAUUGAACAGUUCAAACUGGAGACACUGGAGACACUUUCUCUUGAAGAACUGCCUGAUUUAGAAGAUGUACUUGUAAGUGAGUUUCCCCUAGAAGAGGAAAUCUUUCUUCAAAAGGACUAUCACCCAAAGAUUGAAUUAAUUUCUGAAGUGACAAAUGACAGCAAUUCUGCAUUAGAGGAAAAGAAUAAAAGCAUCCUUGAGAGUUCAGUAGAAGAAGUUCCAAUGGCAAUUUUUUCAAAUGUGUGUCAGAACCAUAAAGAGCAUGAAAAGGAGCGCUUAAGACCCCUUCUCAAAAGCUUUUUUACAGAGCCUGAUAAUUCAGAAAAAUACCUGGAGAUCAAAGAUAAAGAGGUAGCUCAUUUGAAGCCCUUGAUACAAGAGAUAAUCACUGAACCCAAGGAUCAUCUGCUGUUGUCACCAGUCUGCCAUCAACCAGAUGACCCAGGCUCGUGGGAAGAGGAUGGGAAUGGCAGUGAUGGAGAAGCACGGGGCCUGGCUGAGGGGGAAGGAUGUCUUCAUAAAGCACAAGGUGACAAGGAUGGUGAGAAUGAAUUGGAUUAAUCACUUUGAAAAAAGACCAGAUCUGGAGCACAGUGUCUGUCCUGCAACGGGACCAUUUGUUAAAAUUGACAUAACACUGUGACACCAAAACUCACUGGCUUGGCUCCAAGCUCCUCAGGGCAGCUGCCUGUUCACUACUUUGAAAACUACUGUUUGGAGGUUAAAUUCCAGUCUUGUGUUAUUUGUGCCUUUGCAUCCUUCUCGAAAUGCCUUAGUUACAUGUUUAUAUUUCAUUACAUGUUUAUGUUUCAUUG